AUGGAUUGGGAUCUAAUCUGCUUCAAUGCCGCCGUGCUGAUAGCCGGUGUCUUUGUCCUCGAUUUUGGCGCGGACAAAUUCCUCAAUCACACGGUCAUUGUGGGACAGCGGCUGCGCAUCUCCCCCACCCUGAUUGCCCUUUUGACUGCUGGUGCCGAAUAUGAAGAGCUCGCCGUUGUCAUUGCCGCCAUUCUUCAGGGCCAGAGCCCCUUGGCAUUGGGGAACGUAGUGGGAUCCGCCAUUUCCAACAUUCUCGGGGCAUUUUCACUGGGCCUACUGUGCCAUCCAGGCCACCUGGCCUUCGAUCAAAGUGCGAAGAUCUACUCGAGUGUGCUGUUUUUCAUCACGACCAUAUUCGUGGUCUUGGCAUAUCUCAAUUUGCUGAACGCAGUGACUGGUGGACUGUUUCUCGGUGGAUUUGUCUUGUACAUCAUGUCCGUCGGUUAUGCCAUCUACUCGGGUAUUGCCGAGGCACCUCAAUUAUCAGAUAGCGACAGUGAAGGUGACAGCGACAGCGACAGCGAUAUCGACAACGUUGACGAAGCCCCCACAGUGCCAAGUAGCCAUGAGAUUGAUCAAGAAAGCAGUGCCAUGACUUCGGAAAACUCACCGCUCCUCGCCGACCGGGUUUCAAGAUCCAAAACCAGGUCGAUGAUAAAGCCAAGGCGGUCCAUCGUCUUUCACAUAUUCCAGCUCUUCUUUGGACUGAUUGCCCUUUCCCUCUCCGGGUAUAUUAUCGCCCACAGCGCCGGGGCUUUGACGGAAUCCCUUCAUCUUUCGGAGACCGUCUUUGGUCUGACUGUCAUUGCCUUUGCGACCACACUUCCAGAGAAAUUCAUUUCUGUAUUGAGCGGCGCCCGGGGACAGGGCGGCAUUGUAGUUGCUACCACCGCGGGAAGCAACAUUUUUUUGCUGACCAUCUGUGUCGGAGUGAUUGCCAUCGCAGGCAAGCCGAUCACCCAUGCGGAUGACUUUGUCGUCUCCGAGCUGGCGACGGCGUGGGUCUCAUCCGCGUGCCUGCUCGCCAUUGUAUUCCUAGGAUCUAGUCGCGUGGCCGGCGUGCUUCUUCUUGCGGGAUACGUUGCUUUUGUAGUCUUGGAGUUUACAACUAGAAUCUGA